AUGGCGGAAUUCCCUGUAGCAUCGUCAGGGAGUGCCAUGACGGAUCCCAGUACCUUCGCCAUCGAUGCACGUGGCCUAGGUAUCCCUGGUCCUCCUGAAGACCCACCGCAGGACACAUUCAUGACGCCUGGCGAACUCGCUAAUGUUCUCCUCGAAGCAUUUAAGACGCUCCUGAGUGAAUGUGAGAGCUACGUACAGUACUUUGAGCAACGCUUCCGUUUGGAAGAAGAACAUUUACGCAGCGUCAAACUCAUGUUGGAGCGACAUCGCGAUUUGGAUAUGCGUGUGAACCGCAAGCUGGCUACUCUCCCUGGCCUACUACCGGAUCCUGGCCGCUUGUCCAACUUGCGCAAUACAUGGGGCGAUAUGCGCCUCUCAGAAAUGUGGGCCAUUGAUUUACGCUUGAAUUCGCUCAUGGAAUGGAAACGCUCUGUACUCCAGCCUGUGCUGCAGUUCCGUGACGCGCAAGAGCGAAUUCGACGACGUGUCAAGGACGACCUAAAGUCUUGCGUCGACGACUACAAUGAUAUGCUGCAUACGACACUUCCACGCAUCCGACGUGCGUACGAAAAGCGCUGCGAAGAGCACGAGUUCUACCAGCAUCAGCAACGUGCAAUAGAAGAACAGCGACAGCUUCUCCUGUCCAGCUCACUGGUAGCGCAGCCUGAAACGCGACCGAGUCGCGAGAGCGCAGAACUGCCUCGCCCGCCCAGCGAGCAAGGGUCCUUUACAUCCACUUUGAGUGGGCAGGACGGACCUUCGUCCGCACCCGCUACCUCACCAGCGCCAACAACGACGCCGCCACUGCCUGCGGCUACGUCAACGUCAGGUACAAAUCGUUCCUUCCUCGAAACAUUCCGCAAAAAAGAGGGCUGGGACCAGGCGCCCAAACGACUCAAUGCCUUGUUCUCACGCAUGCUGGAUGUAUCCGAUCGCAGCCCAGCCACAGAGUCACACCCACUCCCUGGUACAGCAGCGCCCACGGCGACCUUUGACCCGGCUGUGGCCUCUGCAGGGACAGCAGAGCACUUACCCCCAGGUCUGUCUAACAAGUCUAUGCAAACGCUAGCUGUAAAACAGGCCAAAGCCAAACGCGAAAUGGAGGAAGCGGACAAAGCGUAUCGCAAAGCCAUCUUUGAUUUGGAAACAUUGCGAUUGCGGCGCAAUCGUGCCUUGGAUGCCGCUGUGAAAAGCUUGCUUGAGUGGCGACGUGAGCUGGCCAUCACGAUGCAAAAUGCUUCGCUGCAACAUGUGCGUGCGAGUACGGCAAUCCGUACUUCAAUUGAAUCGGUGCAUCAACAAGACGAACAGCUGGCGGUGAGGAUGCUGGACCACCUGGAAGAGGAGCAGAAAGUAUGCGAGGAGUGGCUUCCGAGCACGCGUUCCCUUGUACAAAAUGAACGUGUCAAGUAUGUGAACUACUUCCAUGGACCAUACAAUGAUCUAAUCUUUGGAACAGGUCUUGUUGAUUAUGCUUUUUCUCAUGGCGAUCAAAAUACACCGUCGACUAUGACAGAGACCGGGCAAAUUAUGCCAUCGGUGCGUCCUCCGUUGAUUCUCAGCAAAUGUAUCGAUUUUAUUGAACAGCCACGCUGCGUGGAGAUGCCGGGCAUCUACCGCCUGAGUGCGAAGUACUCGCGCGUGCAAGCGCUCACAAGUCAGAUCGAACAGGAUGAAGCCUCGUUCCAGUUCGACAAAGUGCGGGAAGACCCUAUUUUGGUCGGAUCGAUCCUAAAGCUGUACCUGCGUCAGCUGCCCGAACCUGUGAUGCCGAUGCGCUGGGAAGAGCGUGUAAAGUACACGCACGAACGUGAAGAGCAUAUUCGCAGUGGCUUUUCCAAUUUCAAAUCGCGCAUUCGACGCAUGCCGCCUAUUCAUCAAGCCACGCUGCGUGCAUUGCUGAUACAUUUGUCGUAUGUCGCAUCGUUUUCGGAGCAAAACAAAAUGACAGUAGCCAAUUUGGCUGUUGUUUUUUCACCUGUGAUUCUCUCUGAUGUGGACCCGGACACGACGUCGUUGGCUGUGGCGGCAGAAGAAGACAAAACGUUGGAGGACAUGAUUGUAUACUGUGCUAACAUUUUCUCCAUCCCGCCCUGCGAAGAGACGUUGUUGCCGCCCGUGCCAGGCAUUCCGAAGAGCUCUAGUCUAUAUCAAUCGCUGGGCGAUCAUGAGCUUGUUGAUAUGUAA